CUUUUCUUCUCCAAAUCAAACCAACUUGCUUAUAGUCUCAAGAUGGGUCAUAAAGUUAAAGCCCUUAGAGAGAGACUAGAUGCCAUUGUAGCUGAUAGAGCCAAUUUUCACCUCACUAACCACCCCCUAGAGCUACCAAUUGAAGUUAGGGAGAGGGAUCAAACACAUUCCUUUGUGCGUGCACAAGAAAUAAUUGGAAGAGAUUAUGAUAAAAAGAAAAUUGUGAAACUACUGCUCGAAUCCAAAGCUAAAGAAAAUGUUUCAAUUGUUCCUAUUGUUGGGAUCGGAGGGUUAGGAAAGACCACAUUAGCUAAAAUGCUGUUCAAUGAUGAAAACGUGGUGAAGCAUUUUGAGCUAAAAAUGUGGGUCUGUGUCUCAGAGAAGUUUGAGUUAAAAGUCAUUGUGCAAAACAUCAGCGAGGCUGCAACUGAAAGCAAACCUGAUAAGGAACUUCAGAUGCAAACACUGCAAAAUCGUCUUCGAGACAACAUUGAUGGAAAGAAGUACUUGCUAGUUCUUGAUGAUGUGUGGAAUGACGACCUUGAAAAGUGGCAUAGCUUGAAAACUUUGCUCUUAGAUGGUGCCAAGGGAAGUUGGAUUGUUGUCACUACACGUAGUGAAGCGGUUGCACGAAUCACAGGCACCGUUUCGUCACAUUUGCUUCGAGGUUUGUCAAGAAGUGAAUCCUGGUCUCUAUUGAAGCAAAUGGCGUGUAAAGAAGAAAGCUUGGAAUCUAAUGGUUCCCGCUUAAAAGCAAUCGGGAUGGAGAUUGCAGACAAGUGUGGAGGGGUUCCUCUUGCCUUAAGGGCAAUAGGAAGGGUAUUAUAUAAAAAAGCAGAAGUGGAAUGGGUUAAGGUGAAGGACAAUGUACAUAAAUAUAUAGCUCGACCAGAGAGUGGUAUUCUACCAAUUUUGAAGUUGAGUUAUGAUCAUCUUCCACCACAUUUGAAACAAUGUUUCGCUUAUUGCUCUUUAAUCCCCAAGGAUACUAAGUUUGGGGUGAAAAGGCUGAUCAGAUAUUGGAUGGCCCAAGGGUUUAUCCAACCAACAAGUGGAAAUGAUGGUGAUCUAGAAGAUGUUGGUCAUGAGUAUUUCAAAGAUUUGCUUUGGAGAUAUUUUUUUCAAGCUGAUGAAGAAGAUGAAGAUUCAGGAAAUGUAGAGUGCUUCAUAAUGCAUGAUCUAAUGCAUGACCUUGCAUGCUCUGUUGCUGCAACUGAGUGUUGUGUUGCAAGUUUGGAAGCAGAAAAUGUAAAUGAAAGAACUCGUCAUGCUUCAUUUGAAGACAGAUUAUAUUUCUCUCAUGGAAUUCCAACCACCUUGCUCAAAGCAACUAGAGUAAGGUCAUUUAUUCAAAUCAAUAGUGGGCACAUGGAUCUAUCAUUUAAUCAAAAAAAAGGUGGGCACAUGGGUCAAUCCACUUGCAGUGCACUCAUUUCUAAUUUCAAGUAUCUACGGAAUUUGGAUUUGAGUUCCUUGGCUAUUAAGAAGUUACCGCAUUCCAUUGGUGAAUUGAAGCAUUUAAGGGACCUUGAUCUUUCUGGAAAUCGUGACAUUAGAAAAUUACCUGGUUCUUUAUGCAGGCUUCAAAAUUUGCAGACGUUAGAUCUUUUUGGGUGUUGGAGUCUUGAAAAUUUACCAAGCAAAACAAGUAGAUUAGUAAGCCUCAUGCAUCUAAAUAUUAGACAAUGUACUAAUUUGUGUUACAUGCCGCGUGGGCUGGGGAAACUAACUUGUCUACAAACAUUAUGCAAGUUUGUUGUGGGGAAGAAGAAAGGUAGGGAAGUUUGCGGGUUAAGGGAAUUGCAAGGGUUGAACAACCUCAAAGGAGAACUUGGUGUUUCAUGUUUAGAAAAUGCUGGUAUCCCAGAGCUCGGAUCUACUUACUUGAAAGAUAAACUGAACUUGAAAUCUUUAGAAUUUAAGUGGAGCAGAUGGAGCUGGACUAGGAGAGAAGAUGAAAUGGUUUUGGAAUGCCUCCAACCACCCCCAAAUCUGGAGAUAUUGAAGGUGGAAGGGUAUGCAGGAACCAAACUUUCCAGCUGGUUGUCAUCCAUGACCAUGAUGAAUGUAACACAACUAACGUUAAAAAAUUGUACUAAAUGCAAGCAUCUACCACCAUUGCAUCGCCUCUCUUCCCUCAAACUUUUGAAGCUUUCAAGAUUGGUAGCUUUGGAAAAUGUUUCGGAGACUGAAAUGCAAAAGGAGUUGUUUUCUGCAAAACCAACAACAAUAUUUUUUCCGUCCUUGGAAGAACUGUGGAUAAGAGAUUGCCCAAAUCUUAAAGGAUGGUGGAGACCAGGUGAUGUUGGAGAAGCUUCAAACGCACAGCGGCCUUGCUUUCCUUGCCUUUCAGAAUUACAUAUCUACAUGUGUCCUAAUCUAACUUCUAUGCCAUUGUUUCCUUCAAUCGAAACGUUGUAUUUGAAAGAAACCAGGUGGAAGCCAUUGAUCCAACCUACAAUAAAGAUGAAGAGUGCAACGUUAAAAUUAGCACCAUCUUCUUCUUGUUCAAUUUUUACUCCUUUUUGCAAAUUGGAAACUCUGUGGCUUAAAGACAUGGAAGAGCUAGAUUCUCUACCAGAUGAGUUUCUGCAAAACCUAACUUCACUUUGGGAUUUGAGGAUUGAAAGAUGUUUUAACUUGACUUCAAUGCCAGAAGGGAUGCAUUGCCUCACCUCUUUGAAACAUUUGAAAAUUUCUACUUGUCCGCAGUUAAGGGAAAGAUGCCGAAGGGAUAUUGGAUUUCGAUUGAUUCCACAUGGUUUAAUCGGGUAA